AUGAAUGCUCUCUCCAGAAGGGAGGAGGAAACUCUACUCAAAACAGUGAAGGCACAAGCUUUGAAGGAAUGCGAUCCCUUCGUUAAGGACUUCGCGGAUUGCAUGUCUGGCCGUUUAAUUUCAGUGGCUUGGGCUUGCAAGGAUAAGCUCAAAUUGGUUGAAGCGUGUAUGGUGAAAUAG